AUGGCACGAAGUUUUUGGCGCAGUUCAAACUAUUUAGAGUGGUUAUUGGAUCGUCAAGAUGUAAUGAUACAUAGAGCGAAUGAUUUAAAAAUUCUUGGUAGCGAAGAAGAAUAUCAGAAAGUAAUGCUUUUCUUUACUGAUGGUAUGUUAUGCUUUAAACCUCAUAAAUUUCUGGCACCGUUAUCACCACUUUCAUUUUCAUUUAAAAAUUGUCUUUCCAUCUUUAUAGUCAUUCAAGCAUUUGGCAAAAGCGUUGAAGUCCGUCAACAAGUAAUUGCAACCGCUUUAGUAUAUUUCAAAAGAUUUUACAGUCGCAAUUCAUUUAAGACUAUCGACCCAUGGUUGAUGGCUCCAUCGUGUCUGUUUUUAGCAUCUAAAGUUGAGGAAUUUGGCGUAGUUUCUCAAAAAAAUCUAAUGACAUCAUGUCGUAAUGUGGUUCAUAGUCAUUAUUUAAUCUAUUUUCCUGAUGGUUACGGUUAUCCAUAUCGUGCUCAAGAUGUAUUGGAAUGUGAAUUUAUUUUACUUGAAGCAAUGGAUUGUUCAUUAGUCGUCUUCCAUCCUUAUCGUCCGUUGGUACAGUUUUGUGAUGAACUUCGCCCUCAAAUGCAUGAGUAUGCUGACGUACUGUUAGAGCGUGCUUGGUGGCUAGUAAAUGAUAGUUUUCGAACAGACGUGUGCCUGCAUUAUCCUCCCUAUAUAAUUGCUCUAGGUUGUCUACAACUGGCCGUUGUGAUUAUUUCAAGUAAUCCUGACCUAUUAAUCGGCUCCGUCAAUAUCAGUUCAUCAUCAUUUAUGAAUUCCAGUCUAUCUAUUUCAUCAAAUAAACAUGGUUAUUUUGGGCACCAAACCCAAUCAACUGUCAAUCCUUCAUUAGUUGCUGAUCGUUGGUUCAGUGAAUUAAAUGUAGAUAUGGAAAGAGUGUUGGAAAUUUCUCGUCAUCUACUUAGUUUGUAUGAUUUAUGGCGUCGUUUUGAUGAACUUGCUGAAAUGCCUAACAUAUUAUUAAAAAAACUUCCACGUCCUGUCAUUCAAUCGCCACAUACUUCACAAAAUUACCAAUCUGGCAAUUCUGUCAAUCCAACGGGUUGUAAUAGUACUUCUGCAACUCAAUCAUCUAAUCUAUCUAGUGGGACGCAACAACAAACUCAUGGUGGAUCAAUGGUUGUUCCAUCGGGUACAGGUGCUGUUGGUACAGGAAGUAGUAGUGGUGCUACGGGGACUGUUGGUAGUAUACAUAAUAUGCCGGAUCACCAAACUCAACAACAACAAAGAUCAAUGACGUCAUCUAGCCAACCACGUAUGCAUCCACAAGGUGGUGGAAUGCAGCAUAUGGGAGUCAGAAAAAACAGGAUUUUCCAUAAACUUCAAGUUUUAUAUGACGGUGUAACUUGUCCUAAUUUGGGUUAG